AAAGGAUUUAAAAGUGAAUCUAAGUGAUGUGCCGUAAAAUAACUCAAAUGAUUUUUAAAAUUCUAUUCCUGAUUUUGUUUAUGCUGAUCGCUUUCUUCUCACGAAUCCUUCUUGUAUAAAUAAGGAAAAAAAUACUUCUAUUCUUAACCAACUUUACAAAUUCAAUUAUAAAACAAACACUUUCUUAAAAGCAAUGAUUUACUUUUUAUGACAUCACCAGAAGUUUAAAGUCAUAAAAACAUUCCCUACAUCUGUUCCAUUUAUUUAAUUAAAUAAUAAUAUCAAAAAUGGAUGGAAGUAGACAUGAUUAUUAUCAUCCACCAAUAAACUUCUUCAGUGAAGAUUUCAUAGCCGGAUAUCAACCGUCCAGACGCAUGUCAGUUGUUCGAAGGUUCUUCUGCUUAUUUGUUACAUUUGAUCUGAUUUUCAUAUCACUUCUCUGGCUCAUUUGCAUUGUAAUCAAUGGAGAAAAUAUUUACAAAGUGCUUGAAAAGCAAAUUUUCGAUUACACGAUCGAGAAAUCAUUAUUUGAUGUGGUGGUUGCAGCGUGUGGACGUUUUCUUAUUCUAAUAUUUUUCUACGGGAUUCUUCAAGUAAAUCAUUGGAUAAUAAUCGCCUUCACUACGACAUUCUCUUGUGGAUUUCUAAUAACAAAAGUUUUCUAUUAUGAAUGGCCAUCCAAUCAAUUGACUCCACAACAGCCCGUAUUUCAAGUUUUAUUAAUUAUAAUCUCUUUUGUGAUAUCGUGGUUUGAAGCUUGGUUUCUUGAUAGUCGAAUGAUUCCACAGGAAGAGUAUUCAAGAACACUCACACAAGCUUUAAAUUCAUCUUCUAUAAGAGAAUCAACUCCACUUCUUGCUCCAUUCCUUCACUCUAUCUACCAAACGGGUCUUCAAAGGCCACCAGAAAGUUAUCGCCAAAGUUUCUACUCACCAGUCAACAGCGAUGGUGAUAACAGUGAUGAAGAAGAUGACGAAUUCAAACGUCUUGGCAUUGAAACUGUGAUAAAAGCUUAUGAACUUCUCGAGUCUCCAGGAUGGAAAGUUGAAAGAACGACAGCAUCAAGCGAUGUCAUCUACACAUCAUCAAAGCCAAUUGGGAAGAUCUACAAGUUAAGAGCGAAAGUCGAGUAUCCGCCAGAGAAGCUUUUGAAGGAACUUUUUUACGGAAUUGAAGAGUUUCCCACAUGGAAUCCAACACUUCUUGAGUCACGAAUUAUAAAAAAAAUUGAUGACAACACUGACAUCUCGUAUUCUGUGUCAACAUCUGGAGGAGGCGGAAUAGUUAAAAGUCGAGAUUUCGUUAAUCUCAGAUGUUGGAAGCUCAUAAAUAAUUCAAAUGUGAUUGAAAAUUUUAAACUAAACUCACAAUCGCCAUCAUCACAAUCAAAUGUUCAAAAUGGAAAUUCUGAAAAUGUCGUCAAUGAAUGUGAAAGAGUUCAACUUAAGAAAUCAUCAAGUGAUGUUGUUCUCAAUGGUUUGCGUCGAAACUCUCAGGAAAAUGAGAACGGAAAUGUUGAAGUGAGGCAAUUGAGUAAAAGUUUAGAAGCUUCAAAUAUUAACAGUGAUGAUGACGAUCAAUUUUCCGAUGCUCAAGUUGAAAUUCAAAAUGAAAUUGAUCGUCUGAAAGACGUUUUUGUGAGUGCAGCGAUCUCAAUUGAUUAUCCAAAACUUCCACCAACCGACAAGUACAUUAGAGGCGACAAUCUUGUGUCAUGUUGGGCAAUGCGACCUGUUGAAGGUGAAGAGAAUUCUUCCAUUUUUGAAUGGCUGUUGUGCAUUGAUCUGAAAGGUUCACUACAUAAAUAUAUUUUAAAUACAGCGUUUGUGACUUUGAUGACCGAUUACAUGACUCAUUUGAGGAAUCGAGUCGAAGAAUUAAAUAAUUUAGAAAACGAAAGCGAAGAAGAGUCACAAAACUGCUGAUUAAAUUCGACUUCGUCUUAUUCUUUAAUGUUAACGUAUUUAAAAAUUUCGGAUGCAAAGAAAAUUGUUAAAAUUUUCUCGUAACGACAAGAAUUUCAUUUCGUUGCUUCAUCACGUUAUCAAAGUUUUUAAUGAUGAAUUUCAAUAAUUAAUCGUCAUCGUCAAGUAUUUAGAUUAUAAUCGUCAUUGAAUUAAUAAUUUUUUUAUUAAAUGUCUUGUUAAUUUGAUUAAAAUUUAUAUUUGAGUCAAGAGAACGGAACAAAAACAAAAUAAAGUUUAAAUAAAAUCAAUAAAGAUUUUUCUUUAAUUUAUUUAUUAAAAAAGGUUUGAGUUGUGAGAAACUUUAAUUUUUUUUGUCAUUUUUUAAAUUUGCUUGAAACUCAAAUUGUGAUUAGAUAAAGUUGAUGGUAGUCGUAGUCAGGAUUAGGAGAGAAGUCAUUGGAUCGUCAUCGUUCAUCGUUUUGGUUGCUUCAAUUGACGUAGUUGUCUUGAUUGAACCACGAUUGACAAACUUCACACAUGGCGGUUAAAGCUUUCUGUGCUGUUGAUUCGUAUUCUGUUUAUGUUCCUCGUUUGCCAAACAUCGAGCCGUUCAUUGGAAGCUUCUUAAAAGCAGCAUCGACUGAUGAUGAGAUUGUGAAAAUCAAUAAAACAACGAAUGUUAAUGAUAUGAUCGACUUGAUUGACAUCAUGACUGUGACUUUAUUUUUCUUUAAGUAAAUUUUCUUUGGAACUUUC